AUGGAAGAAACAGGUCAUUAUCGUCUCCUUGGAUACCAGAUCCUUCUUCUGUUCUUGUUGAUAAGUCCAUCUUACGGCGCUGCUGCUAGCCAGCAGAUUCCAGUCCUCCAUUUCCAGGAAUCUGGCGAGCCGAGAAGCGACUCUUACGCCGUCUUUCCGCAGAGUCUGCCUAACCUAACGGAGUUCACCCUCUGCUACAGACUCUACGUCUUCUUCUACAGGAAGGAGAUCGUGGUUGUGUCCUAUGCCGUCAGCGACGCAGACAACAAUGUCGUCAGGAUUGACCACACUGGACAGGGGUUCCGCAUGAUAAUAGCUGGGGCUCUCGAUGUUAGUGCUGACGACCUUCCCUUGAGAACUUGGCGCCACUACUGCCUCGGGGUCAACCUGGUCACAGGGGACUGGGUCAUGGCAAUUCAGGGUCAAGUUACACUCAGGCAAGAGAGGGACCCACGUCUGAUCAACAGGGUCAUCCAGGGGGGAGGAUUGUUCGUCGUGGGGCAGGAUCAAGACCUCCUUGGGGGCGGCUUCCAGACGGAGCAAUCGCUCUCAGGGGCUCUGGCCGAACUUCAGGUGUGGGACUACACCCUGGACGAGUUCACCAUCGGACAGAUAGCGAAUCUGACUUCAAAUUUGCAAGGUAACGUCAUCAAUUGGGAAGAAGCCGUUUGGGAGUUGAAUGGCGCAGUCACCGAGCAUUGUUUGGAUAAAGACAAAUUCCAGCGUUCUCACGUCCACUACGUGAUGUUGGCCAAAAGGAGACCCUUCAAGGAGUCGAUGCAGCUGUGCCAAAGCCUGAAGGGCAAAGUAGCCGCACCAACAUCAGACAAAGAAAACCAGGAAUUGUUCAACCACUCUGCUCCAUAUUACCCUCUGUGUAAGAAUAACAUAGGCUACAUAUACCUUUGGGUUGGCUACACUGACGCCAGAGUUGAAGGCGAAUGGGAAGACAGCAGCACGGGUCUUCCCCUCCAGUACGAGGGGAGUUGGAGCCCUUACGAACCGAACGGCGAGAGGGAGGAGAACUGCGCCACUCUUUAUCACGUUACGGCCAUGUGGAACGACAUCACUUGUAGCCGCGCCCUAAUGUGCACAGUCUGCCAAUUCGAACACCAAGUCAAAGUCGAAAUCCUGGGCCUCUGUGAGAGGUCGGGCCUGGAUGCCCACUACCUCCUCGCGGGGGAGAUGAAUGGCCGCCCGUUCUUCUCGGGCAACAGGACUUCCAGGAUAUUUUGGUGCCCACAACGCGGGGCAUGGGUCAUGGAUUCCCUCUGGGACAACAAGACUAUAGGAGUUAUGAUGCCGAUGGACGAAAUAGAGGGAAUCCUACCCAUGGGCUCCAACCUGUGGGAAUUCAACACCCAGCUCUGCCCUGGGGCAUCGAAGGUGCUGGAGCUGACAGUGACGGCUUGCGGAUCUGGGUACUACACCUGCGGCGAGGGCAGCUGCGUGCCCCUACACCGUCGCUGCGACAGACGGACGGAUUGCCCGGACAGAUCCGACGAGGAACACUGUAGUAUAUUGGGGAUCUCCAAUGGGUACAGGAGCGAGAUCCCUCCCUCCAAUCGAAAUAACGAUUCUGCAGCCCUACCCGUGUUGGUCUGGGUAGAUAUCCUGGCCUUGACGUCAAUCAACACCAUCCAGAUGGAGUUUACUGUGGACUUCAUGCUGAAGAUGGCCUGGCACGACCAGCGUCUCUUCUACUACAACCUGAAGGAGGAGGUCGAUCUCAACAACCUGGCUAACGAGGAGAGGGACAGGAUAUGGACCCCCUCGGUCUCCUUCACGAGCGCCCGGGGGAACAGCCACACCGUCUUGGACGAGGAGGCGAAGAUCCACGUCCUCAAAGGGGGCAAGCCAUUGCGCCCUUCGGCCUCGUACGCUCAUGAGGUGGAUCUAUUUAAUGGUGGGGAUGCCCCUCUUAUCCUGGAGAGGAAGUAUCACGUACGGUAUGGGUGCGCCUUCGAUCUCAACAGGUACCCGUUUGACACGCAGAGCUGCUCAAUGGAAUUUGAGAGCCAGUUCACCACCAGUUCAUACAUGGAGUUGGUACCGGGUCACGUCCACUUCUCAGGUCGACGCCAGUUGGUGGAAUAUGUGGUUGGGGAAAUUUCCAUGGAGUCCACAGCCCAGAAUUCCAGUUUCAGCGGACUUCAGGUUCAGCUGAUCUUCAUACGCCAAAGUGGAUAUCACCUAGUGGCUACGUACCUGCCAACAUCAAUCAUGAUUGUCAUCGCUUACUUGUCUUUCUUCUUUGGCGUUGAAGAUUUUAACGACCGCAUCAUGGUAUCCCUGACAUCGCUCCUCGUGUUGUCGUCCCUACUGACGCAGACUUCGGAGACGCUCCCGAAGACAUCCUACUUCAAGAUGGUCGACAUCUGGCUCUUCUUCUGCAUCGUCACGAUCUUCACGGUGAUCCUCAUCCACACGGCUUCCAUCUACGUCGACAGGGUGAACCAGGAGGCUUCUGAUAGCAGCCUGAAAGGAAAAGGUCAUAAUAAGAUCCCAGUUGGGGGUAACAGAGUCAGGUUUACCCCUGCAGGCAUCUUGAGUUUUGGCAAAGUCAUGGUCCCAUUUACAGUUGGCGUUUUCAAUAUCGUCUACUGGAUCAUUGCGCUCUCGAGGUAAAUGUAUGUUGCACUGAGGGAGAAACACUGUUUAAUAAACACUACAUUAUCACACUGUGAAGUGUUGCAAUUAAAACACUUCUUUCAAAACAUUCCCAAUGAUUAUGAAAUGUGUUUUGAAUCAUGACUAUCUAAUUUUUAAUAAUGCCUAGGCCUUAGGCUUAUUGUGUAGAGAUUAGUUUUCAUCUUUAGAAUGCAUAAGUUUCACAAUCUUGCAGCCCAGAUAAGUAGUAGCAGAAUACUUUUAGUAACAACAUUUGUACUAGAAAUCACUAUGUAGGCACAAUUUAUCACUUUUCAUGUGGGAAUAAUGGGAAAUGUAUA